AUGAUGAUUGUACGUCAGUGACAGUCUGGCUGCGUGAGAUUUUUUUUUCAAAAUAAAAGAACACCCUCGUUUAGAUUUUUGUUUUCCUUCAACAUUUUGGCAUAGUGAAGUAAUAUGCUAGGCCAGUAAUACAUGCACCCGAUUGAGCAUAAUUGAAUUGUUAUUAAGUUGAAGGGCGACGCAAUGGCUGACAAAGGGACAACCACGGUCCAGCCGCUGGUUAAAAUAGGGCAUUACAUUCUGGGGGCCACCCUGGGAACGGGAACCUUCGGAAAGGUUAAGAUCGGCGAGCAUCAACUGACCGAACAUAAAGUGGCCGUAAAAAUCCUGAAUCGUCAGAAGAUUAAGAGUUUGGAUGUAGUGGGGAAAAUUCGUCGGGAAAUUCAUAACCUGAAGCUGUUCCGGCAUCGCCAUCCGCAUAUAAUCAAGCUGUACCGGGUGAUAUCGACGCCGACGGACGAGCUGUUUGAUAUCGUCAACAAUGGAAAACUGUAGGAAUCGGAGACCAGGCGAUUCUUCCAGCAAAUAAUUUCCGGGGUGGAUUAUUGCCAUCGCCACAUGAUUGUGCACCGCGAUCUAAAACCGGAAAAUCUGUUGCUGGAUCACAACAGACACGUUAAGAUUGCCGACUUUGGGCUUUCCAACAUGAUGCUUGAUGGAGAGUUUUUGCGGACAUCGUGUGGCUCACCAAACUAUGCAGCUCCGGAGGUCAUAUCAGGUAAACUGUACGCUGGUCCAGAAGUGGACAUCUGGUCGUGCGGAGUUAUUUUGUACGCUUUGCUUUGCCUUGGGACCCUCCCAUUCGACGAUGAACACGUUCCCACGUUUAGGAAAAUCAAAUCUGGAAUUUUUCCGAUACCGGAAUAUCUGAACAAGCAGGUGGUGAGUUUGCUCUGUCAAAUGCUACAGGUGGACCCAUUGAAAAGAGCUACUGUUGAGGAAAUCAAAAAGCACGAAUGGUUCCUGAAGAAUCUGCCGGCGUAUUAGUUUUCCUCGGUGGGACAAGAUAGCAGCGUCAUCGGUACACAUACAGUGGCGGAAGUAUGCGAGAAAUUUGGUGUAAAGGAACAAGAAGUACACAAUGCUCUACUAAGUGGCGAUCCACAUGAUCAAUUAGCCAUUGCUUACCACCUGAUAAUUGAUAACAAACGUAUUGCUGAUGAAGCAGCAAAAGCUGAAUUAAAGGAUUUCUAUGUUGCGGUUAGCCCUCCACCUGCUCCGCCGGUUCAACCGGAAAGGCACACUCCGGUAAACGAGCCUUUCAAGUCACCUUCUAUUCAUCCGGAAAGGAUUGCUCCUCUAAGGGAGAGACCAGCCACCACUGGCAGUGCUCCAAUUCCAUCACCGAACAUUACAGCGACGGCCAUACCGAUUGACAAACACCGCGGCACACCGGUAAAACGAGCUAAAUGGCAUUUGGGUAUCCGUUCACAAUCGAAACCCAACGAUAUCAUGCUGGAAGUGUACCGAGCAAUGAAGGCUCUUGACUUCGAAUGGAAAAUAAUCAACCCUUAUCACGUGCGCGUUCGCAAGUACAACUCGCGUAAUGACAAGUACGUGAAAAUGUCACUUCAACUGUACCAAGUCGACACCAAAAGCUAUCUGCUGGACUUUAAAUCUCUUACCAACGACGAAGUAGAACAGGGCGACGAUGUGAUCAUGGAAAGCCUUACUCCGCCUCCUCCCGUUGGCUUUGGUGGAAUGGGCAUACCGAAUCAGCCGACCGGACAUCAUACGAUGGAGUUCUUCGAAAUGUGUGCCGCACUAAUUAUCCAAUUAGCCCGUUAGAUACCCACUAACGGAUGAUUUCUGGCGAAUGCCAUUUGUUAAUAGAUCAGUAUCCAAAGUUUAUUUUAUCUAUAUGAUGAUUACGAAUAAUCAAUAAAGUUGCCAUUGCAUGCAUAAA